GUUCCACAGUGCAAGCAGGCACUCGCUUCACAACCGAGUCUGAGAGAGGGUCGAAGGGCUUUUUACAAUACCAAAAGGAAAGAUGAAGUUUGAGAACUUGCUGGUGGAACUGGGGGGUUUUGGGCGACACCAGGCGAUGGUCAUCCUCUUGCUGGUCAUUCCUCGUUUGACCCUUCCCUUUCACUUCCUGCUCAACAACUUCAUAGCUGCGGUACCAUCCCACCAUUGUGACAUUAGCGCUCUGGAAGCGGAAGGAGGCCUGGAGAAUCUGACCCGGGAACAGAGACUGACCGUGAGCAUUCCACCGCAGGAGGACGGAGAGCUGUCCUCUUGUCAGAUCUUCUCCGAGCCACAGUUCCACCUCUUGAGCGACUUUUCCAAUGCGACUCACCUCCCUGCAGUUCCAUGCCAGAGUGGCUGGGUGUUCGACAACAGUUCCUUCAUCAGCACGCUGGCCACUGAGUGGGACCUGGUUUGUGACCAGAGGGGAAUGACCAAAGUGACCGCGACCAUCUUCUUUGUCGGGGUGAUGGUGGGUGCCGCCAUAUUUGGCACCCUGAGCGACAGGUACGGCCGCAAACGCAUGCUGCUGUUCUCCUACCUGUUGUCCAUCUUCUUUGCUGUGGCCAGUGCCUUCUCCGUCAACUUUGCCAUGUUUGCCGCUAUGAGGUUCUUUACAGGCAUGGCCAUCACAGGCAUCAGUAUCAUUUCCAUUGUGCUGUGUGUGGAGUGGGUGGACAUUAACCACCGCACUCUGGUGGGGGUGUUGAUAAGUCUGGACUGGUCUACAGGGACCGUGCUGCUCCCGGGAAUAGCCUACCUGGUCAACGACUGGAGGUACUUGACGAUUGCGGUCACCUCACCACUUGCAUUGGCCACACUCACCUGGUGGUGGCUGCCAGAGUCGGCCCGAUGGCUGAUCGCCAACGGACGGCUGGACGAGGCUCACUACUACCUGACCAGGUGUGCCCGAGCCAACAACAGAGAGCAGGUCAUGAUGGACAUGAAGCCGCAUAUGCUCUCCACGGUCAUCAUGUCAGCGGACAGGGGCAAUCGGAAGUACAGCUACCUGGAUUUGGUGCGAACGCCCAAGCUGAGGAGGAUGACGAUGCUCACAGGCUGCACCUGGUACGGGGUGGCCUUCACCUACUACGGCAUCAGCCUCAACAUCACAGGCUUCGGCCUUGACGUCUAUGUGACCCAGCUCAUCUACGGUGCCAUUGAGCUGCCAGCCAAAAUUGGCAUCUACUUCAGCCUCCACAAAAUCGGCCGUCGGUACAGCCAGGUGGGAACCCUGAUUGGCACGGGAGCCUGUCUGGCGGUCAACCUCUUCGUCCCGCUCCGCAUGAAGCUGUUGCGGACGAUGGUAGCUGUUUUGGGGAAGGGCUUGUCGGAGGCGUCGUUCACCUGUGUCUUCCUCUACACCACGGAGCUCUACCCGACGGUGCUCCGGCAGAACGGACUGGGCUUCAGCUCCUUCGUGGCCCGCGUAGGCGUGUCCUUGGCCCCGCUGGUCAGCCUCCUGGAUGGCGUGUGGGGGCCGCUGCCCCAGGUGCUCUUCUGCUCCGUGGCAUUGUUGGCAGGCCUUCUGGCCCUGCUGCUCCCCGAGACGCGCAACGUACGACUGCCCGAGACCAUUGAGGACGUGGAGCAGACCAGGAAGAGGUCCAUCUCAACCUCCGAGCACUGGAAGGACUCUGAGAGUGUCUCCAUUAACUGACAUAGGUAAUGUCCUUAUCACAGUAUUCAAAACGGCUGCAGCCAGGAAAUGGGGGACUCCUCCCCUACCUGAUAUCUGCAGAUCCCCCACCCCACCCAACCACCUCCCAAAACCAAUAAAACUAUAAUGCACAUUC